CAUUCGGACCAUUGAACCUUCGGACUAUCGCUACGGCCCCAAAAUUUUGCUUCUCUUGCCUUUAAAUUGGGCAGUGUAAUUUUUUUUUUUUUUUUUUGAAUAUAAGUAUAUUGAGCCUGCUGACUUUAUGAUUCAUUAAAAUCUAGGACCAAUAGACAAAAACUAAUAGUGUUUGCAUAUGAGUCCUAGCUAAAAUCUAUUGGUCUAAAUUAUUUACGAAUUCUUCAUUAUUAUCUAAGUACAUUAUUACUUUCAAGCGGGUGAUUUAAUUAUUUAUAUAAGGACAAAACUAAAUACAAAUUUUGGUCAAAAUGAUUAUUUGUUCUUUUAUGACACCGGCCCCAGGAGCCUAAAUCCAAGUCGUCUGGUGUCACUUGUGGAAAGAUGAGUAAUUUCAGGUCAAAAUAUUUCAUUAUACGAAAAAAAAAAGAAAGAAGAUAAAAUAGCAUGUAUUUUCAAUGUUUUAACACUGCCACUAAAAUGCUCUUCAAAUACCAAGUUGCAUUAGGGGUUCCUGUUUAUGUUUUUUUCAAUAAGAAAAUCAACAGUUUGCAAAUUUCCAAGGAACCGCUCAAUUAAUCCAUUUUAACUAAUACGCUGUUAAACUGACCUACAUUGGCACGGGAUUCGUGGCUUGAGAUGACACGCCUGCGUACUCCAGCCUUUGUUAAAUGCAACGGCUUAACAGCGCGGCGGGCAUUUGUCUCAGUGUUAGAUAUAUUAGUGGAUUCGUGCUAACUUUUCAGUGUUUUGAAACUUGUUGCUAGCUGGACAACAAACUAUAAGACUGCACGAUGGAGGAAGAAGACCCUGGAAAGAACCAUAUUUCCAUUGUACGUUCCGUGGACGAGCUGAAAAAGAAGAUACCUGUUGGGUCUAAAAUACCUUGCCCCCUCUGCCCCACCAAAAAGUUCAAACCUACCUAUACCAACAGGGUGAAGAGACAUCUGAACAGCCACAUAGCAACGGGCGUGGCUUAUGAUGGUUACAUUUCUUUGGUGUGUCAUUUGGUCUGCCCCCCGCCCUCGUCCCCCGUACACGGCCACUACCACUGUCCCAAGUGCGGAAGGAAGCUGGCCAGAAAAAUAGGCUUCAUUAAUCACCUGGUACUAAAGCACGGCAGAGGGGGAAGAAACAGCCCCGUGGCAACGCCAUCUCUAGAUGAUAAUUCUACAGUGCCUUCGACAACGGGUAACAGGGGGUCGCCCCCAGCAGCAUCUGUAGAGUCAACGUCUACGACAACCAGAGAGACAUCGCCAACUGCUGACACGGGACCAGCGCCAGCGACCUCUACAACACCGCAAGAAGCACCCGUCAGAGGGCCGCCUGAAACAUCCGCCACAGGGACGCCAGUGGCGCCGGAAAUAACGCCAGCAGAGCCAACGCCAAAAAGCCACUGAUAACACUGGCGGUUGAAAAAGAAGAAGACUAAAUUCAUCGCUUUGCAUUGCAUGGAAUUGGAUAUACGUUAUUUUGUUGAAAUUUAUCUGACGAGCAUUUUUGAAUCGCCAGGCAGUUGCGCAAUAACAUGAGCUUUUAUAAGACACAAAAUUGGGGCUGAGGAGCGAUUAAAAAGAAAAACGCUUUUUUUGUGCAAAUAAACCGCGCGUCAGAAUAUUUGUAAAAGAAAGCCGCUCGCCUCUUUUGGUGUGCACACGUAUUUACACUUUUAUACUUAAUUUCAUCAACAUGCGUUUCUACACCAUUUUGGUACAUGUAAGCCUGUAGACUCUGUGAAUAUUUGAAAAUUUGCUUUAAUUUUUUAUUUUAUUUAUUUACAUAUUUUGCUCAUGGUGCUCUGUCCAAAUAUUGCACCCAGUUUUCUGUGAAAAGAAAUUGAUAUACGGUCUACCUUCGAUACAAACGUACGCCUACCGUACAUAGACGUGCCUGUCUUUGAUGCUAGUGAAAGUAUUGUUAGUGUUGAAACCAAGGCAAAAUGUUAUAAAGAAGUUAACUGUAAAUCAUAAAGAACAGUGGACACUUGCUUACCGGUGUAACGUGAUAGAGAGUCCCCCAUGACAGAAAGUUCGCUUCCCAUUCAUUUGUACAGGUAAACCUCGCCCUGACCCCCUUAGGUCAGGCUAACCCUAACCAUUAUAACUAAAUGGAGGGUGGACUUUCUGUUACACGAACCUUCAGUUUCAUUACACCGUCCAUGAGGCGCAUCCAUUUUUGUCGUUAAAAUCUCUUUUUAUUGUACUUCCACUUUACAUUGUAGUGCUCGCGUGCUAGCCGACUAUCACACGCGGACUAGUCUUAACAAUGAACACCAAAAAUAGAUCUUAAGACACAACUGGGGCUAGUUGUCAGCAAGAACACACCUGUAUACAUCAAGAUUGUGACCUCAAUAGAAGCCCUUGUCAGGACAACCAGGAAACGCCAAUUAUAAUGACGUGGCAAACGGCUAUUGGCCAUAAGCGGUAUCGUGCUGGACAUCGUAAUAUCAUUUUACCACUACUUUUAAGAGAUGGUACCAAUGUCCAUACACCGCACCCUGUACCUACAAGUUACCAUCCCCUCGAACUAAUUUUGUUAAUUUGUAUCCCAGACUUGUGAAUUUUGUAUGUGUAUAAAUGUUACUUCUCACUGAAGCUUUUUGAGAAAGGUUAGCUGUAAAUUGCUUAUUAUUAUUUAGUUGACUAAAAAAGUAACAUGUGAAAUAAAUUGAAAAUAUAUCAAACGUAAUAUGGUGUUUUAUGUGAAAAUAUUGUUUAUGUUUGUAUACUUGUAGUGUACCACUUACAAAUCAUACGUCAUAGAUGUCUAAGUCAAUUUUGCCACUAAGCAAUGGGCGCCCGUAUCACACGUUGCAAAAGUCAUAUUUUAAAUGUUGCUAUUUUGGUUUGAAUCAACAUAUUAUGUAUAUUGCAUGUAUAUUAUGUAGUUUUGUUAUAAUAAAUUUUAUUAUGUGACCAUUUUCAAGAGUAUUUAAAUGAUAUCGUGGGCUGAAAAAAAAUACAGAGUAAAGGACAUCUCGGGCCACUUCCGACAGAGAAACGAGUUCGUACACG